ACUCGAUAUAUACACUGCAAAACGAAAGUAAACGUUGACAAGUAUCUUGAAAAAGUCGUACGUUUUGUUCUCCAGACUUAUAAUAAAACAGAAAUUGAAGAAUGGCAACCAGAUCAGAUGAAUUUUGUAACUUGUGUAAAGUAUCUUUCACAUCUGCCAAACAUGCAAAUGACCAUUAUGAAGGUAGGAUGCAUAAGAAUUCAUUGAUUGGUGAAAGUGAACUAUUUUGUGAUUUGUGUAAAAUCAGAUGCAGUUGUCUUGAGAGCAUGAAUGAUCACUUGGAAGGAAAAUCUCACAAAAGAAAGGAACAAGAAGCCAUGCCAUCUUCAGUAUUGGAUGAUGAAAAUGUCAUUAAAGAUGAAAGUGGUGACGGUUUUUAUUGCAAGUUAUGUGACAUUAAAUGUUGUGGAAUAGAAAAUAUUAAAGUUCAUUUACAAGGAAAAGCACAUAAAAAGAAAGAAAUGCAAGUUAAUGUUGAAUCAUCAGAAGGCAAUAUAUCACAAAAGGAGAAGUCCGAUAGAAGUUUGUUGUAUUGUGAUAUUUGUCAAGUCAAUAUUAGUGGGAGUGAUAAUAUGAAAAUACAUAUAGAAGGUAAAGCUCACAAGAAAAAACAACAACUUCAGCAGUCUAAUAGUCAUGGAGAUGAAAAGAAUAACACAAAUAAUGAUGGUAACAUUGAGGGCAAUAAUGGAGAAAAUGAUGACUCAAUAUACUAUGAUGCACAGCCAACCUUUGACCUGGAGCACAAAACUGCUGAAAAUGAUUUGAGUGGCCAAUUAGAAGAAAAGGAUGAACACAAUAUCAGUAGUGAUAGGAGUAAUUCGAGUGACGAGGACAAUGUCAGACAGGAAUUAGAUCAGACUUUUGUUAAGAGUAUCCUUGAGUCUUUUGAAGGAGGAAAAUAUUCCAAAAAUAUUGACCACAAAGAUAAUUUAAGCUUACCUUUGAACAAAGCAGUAAACAAAGAUUUCAAAUCUUUAAAUUCCUCGAGUAAUUACUCAAAUGAAAAUCAGAUUGAAGGCAAAAAUGUUGAUACUAUAUUUCAAAAGAAAAAUAAUUAUGAAAUAACACAUGAUAAUGGAUAUUCACUGAAUGUUUCUAUGACAACUAAAAAUACAAUGGAAACAAACACUAGUACCAAGUCAAUAGAAAGUAAAGCAUUUACCCCAAAUGUGUCAACUAAAAAGGAUAAUUCAAAAGGUUCCCAAAACACAAGGUCUACAACAACAGUCAGAAUGCCUAAACGUCAACAAAAUUACCACUGUAUCAUAUGUAACCAGUUGAUGAACACUGAGAAAGCGUACAAUGAUCAUUUACAAGGGAAGAAUCAUGGGAGGAAGUUAUUGGCCCCUGACAGAGAUCUACCAGAAACUGUCUUCAUAGAAAUAGAUGUAACUGAUGUAAAGACCAAAACCAGACCCAGGAAGUAUCAAGAAGAACUGUUUGGGAAAGCGAUGAGGAAAGACACCAUUUGUUUUCUUCCUACAGGUACUGGUAAAACAUUGAUAGGUUGUAUGGUAAUGAGUACAAUGUUAGAGCAGAAUCCUACCAGACAAGUUAUCUUCCUUGUGGAGAGAGGUCUACUGGUUCUACAGCAGUUUCAGUAUAUCAAAAGAGAGCUUGGGGGUACAUUAUUUACCAGAUUUGGACUGCAGGAUCUCUACACAACAGAGAAAAGAAAGUUAUUGAUUGCAGGACUGUGUUCAGGUUCUCAGAGCUCUAGAGGUGUACCUUUGUGGAAACAUGAUGUUAUUGUAGUCACAGCAGCAUACUAUGAGAAUUUGUUACAGAAGAAGUUACUCCGAUGGAAAGACACAUCUUUGGUAGUAUUUGAUGAAGCCCAUCACUGUGUAAAAAGUCAUCCUUACAAUAGAUUGUCAUACUUUGAACAUAAAGAAUGUCCUACUGAAGACCAACCAAAACUAUUGGGCCUCACGGCUUCCCCUGCAGGCAAAUCAACUGUUGAACAAACUGUCAAAAUGCUAAAUGAAUUAACAAUUAAUGUAGGUGGUGUGUCCAUUGAAAUAGUUGAGGAAAAUGAGUGUGAACUAAACACAUAUAGAUCUAAUGCUGAGAUUGAUAUUCAGACUGUUUCACUGAAUUCACAGGAAGAGAGGUUUAAAUCAGAACUCCAGGUUUACAUAUUGCAUUGCUACAAGAAAAUGGCUGAUGUAACAAAUCUUUUAGAGCAUUCAGAUUCAGAGGAGUUAAAAUUGGUGAAUAAAAAUGAUGAAGAGUUAAGACAACUUGCAGAUGAAAAACUAGAUGGAAAGAUGCUCAACUAUUUGAAGCUAACAAUAGGAUUGUCUGAACCAUGUGUUAGUGCAAGUCCUCAAGAGAAAGAGCUAGCCACAAAUUUGAUAAAGCAUUCUCACUAUAUUUGUGUUACCUUAGACAUUUUAUUACAGUUUGGAAUGGUAGCUGCUGUGGAAGAAUUAAAAGAAUUAAUGGGUCUGGAUAAAGAGACAAGUUUUGAAUUUGCCAGAAGACUAGAGUUGCCAUGUUCCAAUAUCAUGGAAAUGGUUUCCAGAAUUAUGUGUGAUGAAAACCAACACGGUCAGAAAGAUGAUGGGAAAUUUUCAAAACUGGUUGACCUUUUAAUCAACCCAGAGACAAUGUCAUUGCUUAAAGAUGACAAAUCUCUCAUACUUAUUCUCGUGAAAGAGAGAGGGUCUGCAUUUAAAAUGAAUGAGCUUCUACAAGACAAAAUUUUGAGUGUUUGCAAAGGAGGUGUAUCUGCAUUGGUUGGACACGGAACAACAAGUGGUAAAGAACCAGGCAUGAAAGUCUCUCAUCAGAAAGUCAUACUGGAUAACAUUCGACAGCAUAAGUAUAACAUUGUGGUAGCAACUUCAGUGGCAGAAGAAGGAAUAGACAUACCUGAAUGUGAGCUAGUCAUAACAUUAAACCCUCCAUCAAACGUAACAGCAUUAGUACAGAUGAGGGGUCGAGCUAGGAAAAACCAGAGCAAGUUCAUUGUCGUCUGUAAUGAUACAAAGGAACGGGAGGACAUGGAAGAUUUACUGAAGCGUGAACAGAAUAUGAUGGAAGCAGUCAAACAAUUAUCACAAUCUGGAGACACGCAAUAUGCAUGAUGACUUUGUUGUACAAACAAGUUGUUUAAUCUGCUUUUUAAGUUUUAAGUUGUUUCUUACUAUAAAUAAUCAUAAGUUGUUCAUUUCCUUAAAUGUCAUAUGCCAAGGUUAAAGUAUUAGUUAUUGGUUGUUGGUGUUCAGUAUUAUUAUAUUUUUAGGGAUCCUGUCAUAUAGGUUUGGCCAUUCAUCUGGCCAUUAAUUUAUGAUACUUUUAAUUUUGUUUUAAAAAUGAUAAAGGGUGUAUGAUUAAACUGUUUUGAAAUUAUUAUGCAAUAUCAAAGAUUAUGAAAUUCAUAUUUAAUAUGGAUUGGCAUGUCUCAAAGUAACAUUUUAAAAGUAGCAGUCAUUUUGAUAAGAGAAUUUAAACUGCUUUUUGGAACCCAUUUUCAUAAGAUCAUUAAAACAGGAAGAUAUGUGAUUUAAAUUCAUUUAUUGCUAAAUUUUUCUAAUUCUCAUUGAAACAAAAAAAUAGUAUAGAUCUUAAUUUAGAUUAUCAAAAUUCAUCUGCUGUGAUUGUAUAUAAGAUUGUCAAGUAGUUCUUUAAAUCAAGGUUGUACAUUUUAUACUUUAAAUGACUAUCACAUUUAUAUUUAUAAAGUAACACCUAAUUGAUUACCAGUAUUUUUGUUAUUUGGUUAGAAGACAUGAUUUAUUUAUAAAUUAAAGGAGAAAUGAUUGUACUUUAAUGGGCUGCACACACAAUUGUACAGUGCAUCUUUAGUCCUCAAUUUGCAUGAAAUAUGUUCAACUUGAUAUAAAGCAAAGGGCAAUGGAUUAUUCUUUGAUUAAAAAUAAACGAUACGAAUGAGCAUUAUAACACAGGAGAUAGGAAUUAGAAUAUCAUGUAAUAGGUUCCUUUAUUCUAUUAUAAAACUAGGUUAAAUCCACCACUUUCUACGUAAGGAAAUACCUAUACCAAGUCAGGAAUAUGACAGUUGUUUUCUAUUUGUAAGAUGUGUUUGAGCUUUUGAUUUUGCCAUUAGAUAAGGAACUUUCCAUUUUAAAUUAUCCUUGGAGUUCGGUAUUUUUGUUAUUUUACUUUUUCCUCAUAGAUUAUUCUUAAAUAUACUUGCAACUUUUUUAAGUUAGUUAUUUUUAUUUGAACAUAAGCAAUUUGAUGCUAACUCCUAAAGUUUCAUCCCAAAAUAGUAAUGUUGUAUUGGUUGUAUUUGAGACCACUAUAAAACAUGUGUUAUAGUAGUCUGAGGUUGUAUUUUGUUGUUAAAACUGUUUUGUUUUUGUAUUGCUUCUUCAAUAAUUUAUUAAAUGAGUCCUACAAUUUUGUUAA